AUGGGUCAGGACGACCACACAUGCUUUGCGACGAUUUUCGACGCCGACGUGGCGGUUAUCCCACUGAUAUCGAGGACCUCGAUCCGGCACGCCGACCCGCAGACAGUGAAGGAGUGGCACCGCGACGAGGCGAUCCGCGUGCUGAAGUUUUUCCGGACCGCUGUUCUGGCCGAGCUGCGGCGCGAGGGUAGGAAAUGGGAGUGGGCGAAGCCGUCCGAAGACGAGGUGCAGGAGAGGCUCGCCGACUGCGACGAACCCCUUCGAGAUAAAAUUCCCGAUACCGUCCGGGACUCGGACGCGGGCUCCGGCCUGCUAGCAAUGAGCGCGUUGAUCUGGGUUGUGAGGCGGUUCCAGCGCCUGACCGGCGACCUCCGUCGCAUUGCCACCAGCAUGGACAGGCCCACCGUCUCGGGGUUGAAGGCGCUGCGGAACGAGAUGGUAGCCCUCAUCAAGAAGCAAGUCCCGCUCAUACGGUCGGGGAAAACCGUUGUUGCUGCCGACGCCUGUGACGACGACGGCGAGGAAGUCCAUUCUGCAUCCGUGCCAGUAGGGGUCGCCCGGAACGUCGCUGAUGCGCGUGGCAAGUCGGGAGUCGGCGUCGACGAGGCCGAUGCGGCCGCAGGAAAGGGGGUGACCGGGACCGAGGUUGCUCACGGGGAUGAUGAUGGGGCCCAGGAUCGCGAGGAGGAACGUGAGGGUGAGGGGGGCUCGGAGGAGUCGUCGGGGUCGAUGUCGGGGUCGAGGUCGGGGUCGGGAUCGGGCUCGGAGUCGGAGUCGGAGGAGGAGCAGGAGCAGGAGACGCAGGAGCACGAGAGGCAGCACCAGGAGGAGCAGUUGGUAGAGGUGGAGGACGUGGAAAUGGCGGAGGGGUACGUUGUCGGAGGAGCGGAGGAAACGGGUGGGAGAUCGGCGGAUGUCGAGAACGACGAAGGGGAGGGGAAGGGUGCGACAGCGAAUAUCGGCGAGGUCGGCGUGGAGGCGGCUCACGGAGGUGGUGGCAUGGUCGAGGUCGGUGAAGGGGAUAACGCCGCGGUCCCGGAGCAGAGGGGCGUGGAUGUGCAUACCGAUGCCACCGCGGAGAAGGCCGGCGGGGAGCGGUCUAGGAGGAAGAAGGCGGCGAGCGGUCAUCCCGGUUCCACCGCGGCUGGGCGGCAGGCGCGGCUGGACGUCGUCGAUCAGCUGAGGGCGGAGAACAGGCGAUUGCGUGCAGACAAUGCACUCCUUGAACGGCGGCUCGGUGAGCAGACGGGGCGGGUCGACAGCUUGGCGGCGGCAUUAGCUGGGCUCCUCGAGAAGUUGAAGGGUUUGACCGCCCAGGUCGCCGACACCGACCGGAAAUCGGAGGAGCGCCUCAAAGAGGCCACGUCGACCAUGGCGACCACAAUCACCGAGGGCCUCACCGACAACAUGGACAGCGCCAUUCAAUCGGCCAAGUCCUUCGCCGAGCUAGCGAGGCAGACGCUGCUGGAUCUUGACGACCCCAAGGGACGAGCGGCGGUCGCACGCGCGACCGCGGUGAAGACAGUGACCGAGCACGUGACGGCGGAGGUGGGCGAGGCGAGGAAGGGGUUGGAGGAGUCGUUCAUCAAAUACAUCGGCGCCGCGCAGACCAACAUUGCCGCCGCCGUCGCGCCCCGCCUAGUCCAGCCGCCGCCGCCUACCGGCCCAGCGCAGGCCUUGCCGGAAGAUUUCCUGAAGUCUUUCAAGGAGGACGUGCUGAAGGCGGUGACGGAGACCACGCAGCAGUCCUUCCUCGCCUCCGGACUGAAGAUUAUGGCCGAGGUCGUCGGCACGGUGGCGUAUGCUCGGCGUGGGUCGUCGCCGUCGGCAAACGACGCCGGCCAAGCGCAACCAACGGAGGGCUUGAAGCUGGGUCACAAGAGGCGGGGAGGCGGCGGGGGGGGCGACGGGGACAAUUCGGCGAACACGAAGCGGAGCAAGGGAGGCGGGGGGUCUGGCGGCGGUGGGAGCAUGGGAGCCGGCGACGGCAGUUCGUUGAAGCAGUCGGGGAAGAGCGUGGUCGACAUCCUCAGGAAGCACUGGGCUCAGGUUGGAGCGGCCAGCACGGGCCAUGGUGGUGGGGGUCCCGCCGACGAGCAUGCCACUGAUGACGCACUGCCAAUGGCUCCGCCUUCGGUCGGCGUUAAGCCACCACGACAGGGUAGCGGUGUGAAAGGCCUGCGCGACAAGGAGAAGGCCGCCGCCAAAACGGCCCCAGGCGGGUCCGCGAAAGCUGGCCAGGGCCCGAAGACGGGGGUUGCGGAGGCGUCAGCGGUUCCUCACCAGUCUCCCGCGGGUGCACGCCAUCCGACCGGACCGUCUGCCGGGCGACCUACCGACGUCCCGCGCCAUGCCGACGUACCGUCUGCCGACAAGGUUGGCCGCGCGGGAAAAGGGGCGGCAGUUGCGGACGCGCUCAAGGAGCAGCUCAGGCUCCUAGCCGGCCACAGGGCUGUUCAACAGGCCCCCCCUGCUGUCGACAUCCCAUCGGCCAGUGGGCCACGUGUAGUGCCGGUCGUCGCCGCCCGUACUCCUGCAGACCCAAAGUCCGCGUUGUUGCGCGCCCAGCUGGGCGCACUAGCGUCGACUGAGAGGACUCAGCAGGCUUCUGGCUCUGGCUCUAAGCCGUCGUCGGCGAAUGUCGCACCACCCACCCAUGUGGCAGCUGAUGUGGAGAAGGCGGCGGAGAAGGGCGUUCGUGCCGCGCUUGCCACCGGCGGCGGCGCCGUUGAGGAGGUCCCCGCAGACGCUGAUAUCGCUGCCAUACAGGCCCAUCUGGAUGCAGCCAAUCCCCGAACCCUGGCCAUCUCCGACACGGAACAUGUGGAGCCUUCGGCGGGACUCGUCGGCAUCGCGGCAGAGCCUAGUGCGACCGGUGAUGCGGUCGGUGAGGGAAAGUCGAAACGGAAGGGGAAGGCGGGCUCACAGAGGAAGACGCGGGAGAAGUCGGAGGUGAAGGCGGCGGAUAAACAGAAGGGGAUGGCGGCGGAGACGGCGGCGGACAAAGAUCGAGGCGGCAUUGGGGAGGUUGAAGGGAAAGGGGAGAAUCAGAAGUCGCCCGGCGAGGGUACGUCGACGGGGAGGAAGGGGAAGGACAAGUCGGUCGGAGAAGGUGCGUCGACCGGGAGAAAGGGGAAGGAGAAGGCGGUCGGCGAGGGUUCCUCGAAGGGGAGAAAGGGAAAGAGGAAGGCGAAGGAGGAGGAUGAGGAUGUCGAGGAGGUGGAGGAGGUCGAGCAGGAGGAAGAGGAGGAGGAGGAGGAGGAGGAGGAGGAGGAGGGGAAGGGCAAGGAGAGGAGGGGUCAUGGCAUCCGACACGAUACCUCGGGCGACAAGUAA